AUGGAGGUGCUGCUGUCGAGAGUGACGCAACACGCCGUCCAGUACGCCAUUAGGUCUGGCGUGUCCAUCACAACCGGCUACGCCAUCAAGCAAUGCAGUCGCCUGCUGAAGGAGGCGCCCAAGGGCCGCGAGCGCGAGGAGCUCAUGCAGCUCCAGCUCCGUCUCGAGAGCAAGAUCAGGGUCAUAUCGCCCUCGAUUGACAUGAUCGAGCUGAUUGCUGCCCGAGGCAACACUUCGCUGGAGUCGGCACUCUCACUGACCAAGGACAUUCGUUACGAGAUACAGAAGCUGGGUGUUCGUCUGUCCAAUGCAGCCAACGAGGAGGAGCUACUACGCCGGAAGAGCAGUCGAGCCAAGUCUCGCGAGGAGACUGAUCAUGAGCUCAGAGCGAUUGUCCAACAGAUCAAGCUUCUUCUUGCCCGCAUUGAAGAUGCUGUCCCUCUCAUCAAUCUGGCCAUCACGACAUCUGGGAUCAAUCUUUCGACAAACCUCUCUGGCACUAUCAGCCCAAGCAGGCUGUUGCAGGCAUCGACCUUCUUGACAUCUGCCGAUAGCAAGUAUACUGGCGAUCCUUCGAGAUGGCAGCAAGUUGGCCCUACCUACGUCUUGACCUUGUAUAUGCUCUUCGCUGGCCAUGCCUCGAGACCGGUGGAUGAAGACGGCGUUCGCGAGACGACGUGGAAGGAGGUCAUCCACAAGGCUCGUGUCAAGUUGUGGCGGGUCCCGUUGGAGCAGCUGUACUCAUUACCGGGAGAGGCAACCGAUUCAGAUGCCAGAAGCAACACGGUCCGUGCAGACGCUGAGGCUGGCGAGUUCGCCUAUCAACUGGCCAUGGUGGAGGAUCUCGACGAUGACAGAGUCCACACAUUCGAGGACGACAAGCCCCAGCCGGGACCGUUUGAUGAUGUUCAGAAUGCUGGGAUUCGCGAUGUUAUCCCGGUUCAUGAAGUAUCGAAGGUCUUCUAUGCUGACACUGGAAAGAUCCUGAACAUUGGAGGUGACGGAGACAGCAACAGUCCAGUUCUGUUACUCAAGCGAGACGUCCACGCAGAGCCGCCGAGAAGGAUGCUGCAGCGAUCGCAGUCUCGGAUGAGCAUGCAGGAUGAGGACUUGUCUAAUGGUGCUGGCGAGGUGGAUGCUCAGAGUGAGAUCGAUGCUCAAAUUGAGCGUGAGUCCGCUCCGCCAACGCCGAUGAAGUCGUCCAACGGUGCUUCACACGCUACCUCCACAACAUGGCGACUACCGGCAGACUUGGAUCCAGAGUGGAUGGCCCUCGAAGUGUUUACAGAAGAACCUGACUCGGAUACUGAAUCUGAACCUGACGAAACAUCACGGCCGUCUUCCAGCAGAGCAGACUCUGGCCUCACUGGGGCCCUGGCACACCUCAACCUUCGAUCGUCACCCUCGCCCAUCUCUGGAGCUCAUAACCAAGUCGCGUUGAGUCAGGGACCAGCACUGCAAUUCUCACCAGGAAAGCGUGCAGGUCCACCUAUUAAGAGUAGUCUGUCUCUCCUCGAGAUGCUCAUGAAGCUCGCAGCUCUGCAGCAGUUCCGUCAGGAGUCUCACCUUGCCAUCGAGGAUGAACUCCUCAACUUCUUCCUCGAAGACAGCGCCACGGCAGGUGCGGGCUCAGACAAGGACUAUCGCCAGCGUCUCCGACACGCAGCAACUCGCCGAGUUGGCUUCGACCCCUACGACGAGUCGCCCGUCAAGCGCCGCGGUGAAGACUACAUCCGCAACGCCAACGACUCUCCAAGAGGCUCCCCUGCCCCAGAUGACUACCCCAACGAGCUGGUCUACGACGAUGCAUACGGAUACAACGACUCUCUGAUGCAGAACCCCAUCCCCCGACUCGAUUUUGCGCGACCUUCUGUCGAGAGAGCUCCAUCUGCCAGAAACUCGUCCUCUCCCCGACUCUACCAACAAACGCCUUCGCGAACGUCAACCCCCGGCACCAGCGAAGACCAUCGAAGUGCCGUACACGCAAAGUACAAUAAUAGUCGACCUUCCCCUCAAGGCCAACCAUUGGCCACGCCUCCUAGCACGGCGAAAACGAGGGCUGCAGCGCUGAGAGCUCAGUCGGAGCCCAAGCCACGCAGCCCAUUACACGAAGUCACGACUGAUGAUGAUUGA